CCCAGCACCGACGGUACCGGGGGGGGGUCAAUCAUUAACGGCUCCCGCAGCGCCCAUGGGCGGCCGUGGGCUCCUGCUGCUGCCGCUGCUGCUGGCGCUGGGCAGCGCCGAGCCCGGGGGGUUCCUGCGCCGCCUGUUCGGGCACUACGGGGACGGGAACGGGACCCUCCCGGCCGAGGGCCUGGCCCGGCUGCUGCGGAGCCUGGGGCUGGACCGGCCGCGCGUGGUGCGUAUCCAGCACGAGGAGCUGGGUCACGGCCACGUCAGCCACCUGGACGUGCUGGAGGUGCAGGAGCAGCGGCACCGGCACCGGCACCCGCUAUGGGAGCACGGCGGGGGCACGGCGGCCCCCCCCCCGCCCCCACCGGGACUGACCUGCAGCCGGUGCCCACCGAGCCCCCCCCCGCCCGUGCCGGGGCUGAGCCUGCUCGGGAGGGUCCUGGGGCUGGAGCCCCCCAGCGCUGAGCACCCGAACCACGACUGCCUCAACGUGAGCCAGCUGCUGGUGAGUGUGGGGCUGGAGGCAGCUGCACAGCUCACCCCGGAGCAGUUCUCGCUGCUCUGCCCAGCUCUGCUCUACCAGAUCGACAGCAGGGUCUGCAUCCAGCACAGUGAUGAUGUGGAGCUGCCCCCCCCCGGGGGGGGACCCUGGGCAGCUCUGGGCUGGGGGCUCUUGGCCGUGGCCUUCAUCAGCCUCCCGUCGGCGGCGGCCGUGGCUCUGGUUCCGCUCCUGACCCGCGGCUUCUUCCGCUCGCUCCUCUCCUUCCUGGUGGCCCUGGCGGUGGGGACGCUCUGCGGGGACUCCCUCCUGCACCUCUGGCCUCACGCGCAGCACCCGGAGGCACCGGGGCCUGCGGUGCUGCAGGGGCUGACGGUGCUGGGCGGCAUUUACCUCCUCUUCCUGCUCGAGCUGCUCCUGGGGAGGCUGCGCCGGAGCCGCGAGGCCACGCAGGGACCGAGCCCGGACGCAGGCGCCGCGGUCCUGGCGCCGUUAAGAGGAGGGGCUGAGCCGCUCCCGACGGCACCGGAGGCGGAGCUGGAGCUGAGGCCCCGCGGGGCCCCCCCCCACGGACACUCCCACGGCCCCGCCCUGCCCCCCAGCCCCGCGGCCACGGACGUGGUGUGGAUGGUGGUGCUGGGGGACGGGGUCCACAACCUGACCGACGGCCUGGCCAUAGGUGCUGCCUUCUCACAGAGCAUCCCCAUUGGGCUCAGCACUGCCCUGGCCGUGCUGUGCCAUGAGCUGCCCCACGAGCUCGGUGACCUGGCCGUGCUGCUGCGGGCGGGCACAGCCCCACGCACCCUCCUGCUCCUCAACCUGCUCUCGGCUCUGCUCUCCUGCCUGGGGGCAGCCGUGGGGGCCGCUGUGGGGCAGAGUGCGGCUCAUCUCACCCCAUGGAUCCUCACCCUCACCGCAGGCAUCUUCCUCUACGUGGCUUUGGCCGAUAUGCUCCCCGAGGCUUUGCGCCGCUCCGAGGAGCCCGGGGAGGGUUCGUGGGGCCGGUUCCUGCUGCAGAACGCAGGGUUCCUGCUGGGCAGCAGCAUCAUGAUGGGCAUCGCCUUGGCCGAGGGGCACGUCCGAGCCUGGCUGCAGCCCUGAGCGGUACCGGUACCGGACACCGGCCCCGCAGCAUCCCCGGGGGCUGCAUCCCCAUCCGGUGACUCCAGCCCUGCGGGAACGGAGGGCUCCGGAGCGGCCCCGACGGCGUUUCCCGUCCUCCCUCCCCAUGGACGGGAGGGCA